CCCUGGUCCUGCAAUUACAAGGUGUCUGCAGAUCAUUGAGAACAGCAGAGACUCUGUAAACAAAUACAUUGGCACCAGUCUCCCAUUUUCUUGUGUUUGUGCAGCUCAUGAAUGAAGUCCAAUCUUAAAAACUGGCCUAGAGGACGGGAAGCCUGGCCUGUGUAUAAUGUCAUUUUUUAAAAUGUAUUUCUUUAGGACAAAAGGAGCGUAUUACUGAGGUCAGAUUCGAGUUCAUUUGCAAGUAUACAGCUUGCAGGUGGGAACAGAGUUUAGCCUAAAAUAACUGGAGGCAAAAGGACAAAAAAAGGGCUUAAAAGUGUGAUGUCAGCACAAGAUAAUAUGCCUCUGGGGCACUGGUUUUCUAAAGCCAAAUCAAUAUAGCUCAUUACUGUACCUGUGCACAGUGUCACAAAUGGCAUUUUGAUGAACACAUUUUGUCUUUCCAUCAUGCUUGCUAGUUAAAAUUUCUGUGCCCUAAUUGCUGGACCAUGAGCACUGUGCCAAGGAAGAGGAAAGCAGCAGAUUCCCUUUGUCCAGAGCAGGCAGUCUGUGCCAAGCUCUCAGUCAGUCAUUUACAACCUUCUUCCAUUUAAGCCCCUGCAAGUUCUCCUAUGGAGGUACAGGACUUUGUAUAGAUGCCUUUUCCCCUGCAGCGAUAACCAAUGCUGCUUCCUUUCCCUUUGAGGCUACUGACUGAGAGGUCUACUACUUUCAACUUAGAGGUUCCAUUUUUUAAAAUUAGUCUCCCAAGCAAUUUAAUUCUGUGCAUUCACAUCUUCACUUCCUCUUUAAAACAAACAAACAAAACAACAACAACAACAACAAAAAACAACCAGUCACUUUCUUAUUAUACCUCAGUUCAGUCCCUAAAAAUACUGAUGUUAUUAUUGCAGUGUACUGAAUAAUUGAUACAUCAGGGUAGGAAGUGGCCCUUGUGUCUAGAUCAGCCAGCAGUGUGUGACAACAAAACGCAUUGCAAAGCACACCACAAGUUCUGGCUCCCGUGAAUUCACUUUUGUGCCUUGGCAUAGGACAAAAUCCAGCUGGGCAUCUGCACUUCUUUCCCAUAAAAGGUGUUUCUAAGUGUUGGGGGACAAAAAAAUACUGGAAGCUGGAAGCUGUUGCAUAUGCCUUACAUUGAGACUCAGAGAGUUAAUGGCAGAGGUUGUAGUCCUACACGCUGGCACUGCACUGUCCUUCCAGAGACUGAGAGGGUUAUGAGCCUUUUAUGCUCCACUCUGAUUGUGGGCUUUAGUGAUCAGAGUAAUAAAUCAGUGUGCUAAGGAGUUAUGUUGUGGCACAGUUUUCUCAUAUUUUUCAUCUGUUCAGCUGUGUUCACAGUUCCCUCUGCUGCAGUUGUUAGGGGAAGUGCAAAAGGUCCCAAGUUGUUAGGAAAAUUCCCAAAUAUGAUUAGUAGCAUCAAUGGACCAAGGAGAUACUGAAAAUUCACUUCAGUCUCACUCUUUCUCAAAGGAGAAGAAGGAAUAUGAGAAACAGAAUGGGACUAUAAAUUAUAUCUAAGAAGUAAAAGAAAAGAUGACUGAAAGAGGACAGAUUUGAGUAUCUUUUAUUUAAUAUAUUAUUUUAUGGUGGUCAAAGCACUCUGCUCUGGUUGUCCCUGAGGAAGGUGUUAGAGCAGAUGGCCUCCAGAGGUCCCUGCCAAGUGAUUCUGUGGCUCUGCCAUUUUGCUAUCUCUGUUUUCCAAGAAGGAAGAGUAAACUGGGAGAACAAAAGGGAAAAGUAAGAAAAUCUUUCCUUUCUUGUCCCAUAGCAUUAAUUCCUUUUAACCUUUUUGAUUGUUGCCAACCUUGUCAACAUGAGCAAUCUCAUCAGCUCAGUAGAUUUUUGUGGUCCAAUAUCAAGGCCAGAUAUAUUUUCACACAUGAUGUACAUUAGCCAGUAAUGUCUGUAGGGCCAAGUUUUUGGAGCCUUGGGCCCCAAGCUCUUUGGCUAGAUCCAUGAAAAUAUACAAUGCUUUUUCUAUCACUUGUGGCACUUUGUCACCCACUGUAAUUUUCAGCCUCAAGUAAGGCACCUGAAGAUGAUAUCCAGGGGCAGGCUCAGGCAGAAUAGGCAGAUAUCAGCUGGAGCUGGCUAACAACUGAUCUUUUCCCAUCUCUUCUUACAUGCCUGUGUCCUUCCCAGAUCUCACGGAAUACUUCUAGCCCUACUCCUCUCUGCUUCUGCUUGUGUUGCUAGAUUUCAUUUUGCAUUUCUGAGGCAAUUAAACAGUUUUUCCUGACAACUGGGAAUCCUUGGACUGGCUUAGGUGAGAGACUGGAUUCCAAAAUGUAUCUGUUGAGCUUCACAGCUGACACAAGGAGAAUUACAUAUCCAGGAACAGGAGGAGGGACGGGGUACAACCCAGAACAGGACUAUCAUUUUCCACACAAAUCAGUGUUAAAAUUCAUCCAUAGAUCCAUGCUGUUCUCUGUCUGAGAGCACUCAGGAGUUAGAGAAAGCUUUACAAAAGGAUUUGAGGUUGAACUCAAAGACUGAGGCUCCUCUAAGCAAGUUUUAGGUACUGAAGUGCAAGACUGCAAUUCUGAAAAGAUUUGCUACUUUGUUCUCUAAUCCAGGAGGUGCCCUAGCUUUUUCCUCAUCUCCAUGCUCCCAAACGUAAGGCACUUGAAUCAAUAUAUGGUAAUGAAAUAUCACAUCUGUCUGUUUACACAUGAUAUAUGAAUGUGACUGAUAAAGUCCUAUUGCACAUGUGCCAGCAGUUUAUAGCACAGUUAGUCAGAGAAAAGUUGAAAAUGAAGAAAAAGGAACAUUUCCAGGCAGAGGAGGAAAUGGGUGGGACAAGAUGAACAAGAGAACAGGCCUAAUCUGCCUCCCCCCACUAAAAACAUGCAUAUAUAAGUAGUGAAGGAGAGAUUUCCCUUGCUCCCUGGCUGUCAUUCAUUCUCUGCUUUUCCCUGGGGACAACACAGCAUCCCUCCAAGAUGUGGGCAAAGACGAUUACAGAAAAUUUUGCCAAUGUGAUUCAUGGUUUGGAUAAAAACCACCUGACAGAUCUGGUCAUUCAGAGAAGCAAGCGAAUGAUUCUGGAUACCCUUGGAGUAGGACUUCUGGGUACCAGCACCGACACCUGCCAGAAAGUCAAACAGUACAGCAAGAUCUACAGCUCAGAUAUAUCCAGCACCAUCUGGGGCCACUUGGAUUUCCGACUGCCUCCUCUGUAUGCAGCUUUUGUAAAUGGAGUGGCUGUGCACUCCAUGGAUUUUGAUGACACAUGGCAUCCUGCCACGCACCCAUCUGGGGCUGUGCUCCCUGCUGUGAUGGCUCUCUCUGAGGCCUUUCCUCAGAAUAAAAAAAUCUCAGGUCUUGACCUGCUCUUAGCUUUCAAUGUGGGAAUUGAGGUGCAAGGCAGGUUGUUACGCUUUUCCAGUGAAGCCAGGAAUAUUCCCAAAAGGUUUCACCCACCAACAGUAGUUGGUCCAAUGGGGAGUGCAGCAGCUUGUGCAAAACUGCUAGCUCUUAACCAAAUGAAAUGUAAAAACUCCUUGGCUAUUGCUGCUUCCUAUGCAGGUGCCCCACUAGCUAACGCAGCAACUCAAACAAAGCCCGUGCACAUUGGCAAUGCUGCCAAGCAUGGACUGGAAGCAGCUUGCUUAGCAUCACAGGGUCUUCAAGGAAACAAUCAGAUCUUGGACAUUGAGUCAGGGAUAGGUGCCUUUUAUACAGAUUACAACCCACAGACUCUGCCAACUUUGCAAUCAUAUCCCUGGCUGUUGGACCAGCAAGAUGUGGCCAUCAAACGCUUUCCUGCUCAUCUUGGAACACACUGGGUGGCUGAUGCAGCAUCUUCUGUAAGGAGGAAGCUUGUUGAAAACAGUGACAUAUUGCUUAUCCUUGAUAAAAUUGAGAAAGUUAUUGUAAAAGUCCCAGAGGUCAAAUAUGUGAACAGACCCAGCCCUAAUUCAGAACAUGAAGCUCGACACUCCUUUCAGUUUGUUGCCUGCUCUGCUUUGCUGGAUGGCAGCAUGUCCAUCCAGUCCUUUGCCAGUGAGAACAUUCACCGGCCAGCCUUACAGGAGCUCCUCUGCAAAACACAGCUAGAGCACCCUUCUGAUAACAAACCCAGCUUUGAGAGUCUUUAUUGCGAAGUGACUGUUGUGCUUUGGGAUGGCAACGCGAUUAGUGACCGCUGCAACACGUUCUAUGGACACUGGAGGAAACCUCUGACAGAGCAAGAUGUGGAGAAAAAAUUUCGGUCCAACGCUUCUGAAGUCCUUCCUGCAGAAGCCAUAGAAGGCAUUAUAGAGACUGUGUACAAUCUGGAAAAAGUAGAGGACUGUUCUGUAUUAAACAUCUUUUUGUCAGGACAGUCAGCUAGAGUACUUCCAGAGAAGCUGCACUUCAAACAUUCCAACUCAUAAAGCAAACAAAAUUCAGGAAAAGGUCUUAUUUAAUGACCAAAGCACCAAGUAAAUAAUUUAGAGAUAGCAUGCAUAGUUCAGUCAGAAGAGUUGAAGAUUACUUCAGCUAUCUUUAUAUGCUUAUACUGCUAAAGGUAGAGCAACGCCAGCAUGCUGCACAAAAAAAAUUCCUUCCUCUUCUGACAAAAACGUCUGCAUGUUCUGCUUCUACUUAAUCACUUCAUGAAGGAAAUUUAAAUUCGUGGAAAUGCUGCUGUGAGAAACAAGACUAUGAAGACAGAAAAUAGAAGCCUUUACAUAUGUAUUGCUGCACAUUUAGUUAUACAGCCUUCUUAAAGAGGCCACCUGCUAGGCCACAGCUUUGGUGUGUGCGCUAAAAGAAAUAGCACUUAACACUCCAAAAGACAUCAGGGUUCACUGUGGAGACUGGCAUUCUGGAACUAGGGUGCAGAGCAAGAGGGACAACUCCUAGACCUAAAAGCAUUAUUUCCCAGCCCCAUCUUCUUGGUGCUUCAUAGUAUGCGUUUAUUACUGCCAUGUUCCCACUUCAAUUACAAGGCGCUGGCUUAGGAAGAAAUUCAGCCCCAUUUUCCCCAACAGCAGCCACAGAGAUGACCAGACACUUUUAAGGAAAUAUGUGCUUAGGCUGCGGGGUGUUUAUAUUUGGUAGGCAAGAAACAUUUUAAGAUGAGCUAGGUUGUGAUAGUCCUACAUUUUUUGAUUGCAUAAAUGCAAGUGUAGUCCUGUUAAAAGACAUACCACACUCUUGUGAAUGGUUGAAAGUUAAACAAAAACUGUUUCUGCCAUGCUGAGUUUGCUGUUUAUGACAGUGCUGUCUUUCUGGCUUUCAUAACCAUUCCACACUGAUCAGGAUGCCAUGUUCAGAUUACUGCAGACAUUGCAAAGCAUGGGCUACAGUACAUUAGUUACUAUAGACUGUGAGCUGUAUGUAUCAGAACACUUCAUGUGCUGAGACCACCAAGUGUCCUUAGGAACUGUCACCUUAACUUGACAACCAAAACCAUUCCCUCAAGUCUUGCCAUUUGUCUUAAAAUGUAUAAAAUGUAUGUACAAAAACUAAAAUCACAAAAUAAAACUGAUUUUAGUAAAUGAACCCUGAAUUAUUUAUUAUUACUUUAUUAUUUUCCACAUGGAAAGCAUUAAUCUGUACUUAAGCCUCUGUCUCUUGGUUUAUAAAGCUAAGUUGUUUUUUGAUAAACUUUUUUCUUUAUCCCUUUUGAUUAGAAAGCAAAACUGAAUUACUGAUCUAUGCUGAAGAUAUACAUUGAGACACACAGACAUUUCUAGCCAUGUAAUUAUACCUGGGUAAUGUCAAAUAUAAGUUACUGACAAUGAGUGUUGUGAUUAAACCCCACUGGAUGAGGAAAGUGCCUAUAUUACCUUAUCACAACUGAAUACAUUUGGAUCCAUAAAAAUAAAAUAAUAAACAC